GUUGGGCGGAUGGCAGAAAAUACAGCGCUGAUGGAGAAAAAACCGGCAGCAAGCACAUGCACUGUGUGGUACUACAAGUAUGAGCAUAAAACAAGUGUAAAGUCACCCUUUUAGAAGACUGACAUCUAGAAUAACAGGAUGUUUUAUCCUGGUUCACCUUCAACUUGCCCACCUUGAUUCAAGAAAAGGAUUUUCCUGUCAAUACCAGGUGUAGCAAACCUACCUCUACCUACCAGAUCUUCUCCUCAAGCAUCCUCAGUCAGGGAUGGUAAGAAAAGAAAACUGAGACCUCCUUUAAUAUUCCUGCAUCCUCCUCACUCAGCAUUUGACAUUAUCGCCAUGAGAUUUCUGCCUGAUUUGUGGAUGGAGAGCCAUUGAUUUGCAUGCCUCAGAGUUUGAGUGGAGCCGAAAUGAGGAAGCGGCAGCAGGCUCACAUAGAAGGCUCCCCGCAGGCCCUGGGUCCACCGAGGCUCAACACCUGCUGCCUGUGUUGGUGCGGCUGUUGCAAAUGCCUCUGGAAUGACGAGAGGAGGGAGCGCCCAGACCAGCAGUCGUGUACAAAAAUGGACAGCAUAGAAGCGACAGAGGAACAGCUUCCAUCACUGGAUGAAGUUGUAGCCUGGGCACGAAGCUUCGAGCUGAUGAUGCGCUCCACGGAAGGCAGGGACAUUUUCAGGGAGUUCUUGCGGUCGGAGUACAGUGAGGAGAACCUGAUGUUCUGGAUUGCCUGCGAGGAGCUGAAGAAGGAAACCAGCCAGUUCGCUAUAGAAGAGAAAGCCCGGAUAAUUUAUGAGGAUUAUGUCUCUAUCCUGUCACCAAAAGAGGUCAGUUUAGAUUCACGGGUGAGGGAGGGCAUCAACCGGAGCCUGGCAGAGCCACACCACCUGAUGUAUGAGGAGGCUCAGCUUCAGAUCUACACCCUCAUGCACAGAGACUCCUUCCCCCGCUUCCUCAACUCAUCUGUUUAUAGGGACCUCCUGGAGAAAAAAAGAGCCUGCUUGGAUACCUAGGGGUUCCAGCCAAGAAGCCGGAGACAAAACAGCUCCAGUAGGGUGCCAUUGUUGAGAGGUGUGGUGUUUUCUUUUUUUCUUUUUCCAUAGAGCGAGUAGUUAAGCAAUUUUGAUCAUUCAGUAGUGACCCUGAAGUUCACUUCCUGUUUAAGUGCCAACAUGAGCUGCUCAGGCAACUGUGACAAAUUGUGUGAGGAAGACUAUCAGAACCCUGCUUCUUGUUCUUUUCUGCUGUCUGCUCCACUUUGUCUCCAUACUGUCUCUUUGUCUCACUUUCUCCCUCUCUUUUACACCCUCUCUCUCUCUGUCUCAUUUGCUGCUCGUGCUGCUUCUCCUUUUUGCCUCAUGGUUGAGGACUACUAAACAGAGAUGAAAAAUGUUUUGGAUUUUUUGAUGAUUGGAUAAGAGAUUGCCAAUACAUGAGAUGACAUCAGACUUUGCAUCAUUCAAGGUUUAUCCUAGCUUGCCAUUUAAAAACCUGAGCAGAAUUACAAUGUUUUCUACAUAAGAAAUGUAUUUGAUGCUGUCGUAGGCAGAGGGCCUUCAAAGCUUUUAUAAGUUAAGGGAACUUUACUUUUGCCAAUUGUCAUUUCAGUUUCUUUUUCUAAGUAUUAAGCUGUCAUUCAUCCAGUCCUUCGUCAAUCUUCACAGCUCUCUCACUGGCAAAGGUAAGGGCUAGUGUUGUGCUUGGGCAGCUAAAUGAAUUGUGAACAGUCCUUUGCUCUGCAUAAAUCCCUAUGCCUCGAUUCUGAGUAAGGCCACAGUAGCUGCUGACGUUUACCAACAACCAGAGUCACCUGUGCAAGUGUCUGUCCCAUGCCACACUGGUCCACCCCACAGUGAGAGAUGCCAGGUACUGGAUGGCAUUGCUUGUAUUUCUGGAUUCAGAGUUUUCCUUCAAAAUAAAUCAACAUCUCAGAGGUACUUGAGAGAAUUACAUUUACAUUUACAUUGAAAUGCCUUUUUUUUAAGAAAAGGUUGUGGACACUGCCUAGUUUUUGGAGGCAACAAUUUCUUUGAAAUUCUGGCCUACGAUGAUGUUUUGUUCAGGCACUGCACAAUGACACAUUUUUCCCAGACGUGACGUCAUGAGACGUGACUCUGAUUUUGGUGUAAAACAUUUUCGUGAACUCAUGUGUUGGUGGUUUGUUGUUGGUUUGCUGAUGCUCUAUGUAGGUUUCACAGCAAUUUUUCAAAUGAAGCUGUUUGAGCUUAAAAUUUCCUGAUGAAAGGUUAAAAGAUGAUCACAGUCUGCUUUGUGUUGGAGGUGUUUUAAAGAGGGCGCCAGGUACAAUGCAGCUCAAAUCCUGCUAGCAUGCAUUUAUGUGUUCGUGUACUGAACACAAUACAAUACACACUCUGAAUAAGACAUGAACCACAAUGGGUGAAAAAUGUCUUAAAGUGAUUUAAAUAUGUUUAGACUUGUGUCUGAAAAGGACAAUUUUUCUGCUUGCUUUUCUUAGAUGCAAACUUGAAUCUUUUGCUGUGGAUUGUUUUGCUGUUACAAUAGCCAGUGCAUGAUAACCCAUUAUGUAAAUGACUGCUUGGUAUACCCAUAUACUCGUCUCUUUGUUCCAUAAGUCUUAUGUAAUUGACAUUGAUUUUUCACUGUCUGGUCACUAGUCUUCAGUAAGAGUUUUGAAGUGUUUUGAUAAUGAGUGAGCCUAUUUCCAGUGGUGGUCAGAUUCUUUCUCUGCUAGGUUCUCGUUCUGGUGCUUGGAAAAACUGCUUCAAGUGCCAUUCACUAAAUGUAUGAUGUUGUAUUUCCUACAAUUAUGCCCGUUCUCACUCCAGUGGCAUUGCACAGAUGCCUUUGUAAAAAAAAUACUGAUUUAGUAGGUUUACACAUCAUCAUCAGCCAAUACAAAGACAGAGCUAUAUUACCUAGCAUUCCUUUACAUGUCUUACGGAAACACUAAGUGAAAUGCAACUUGCACGUAUUUCCUGUAUUUGAAUACAGUAGGUUUUGUUUGGCCUUCUUUUGUCUUAAAAGAUGAACAAUGGAAAGUAGGCUAAAUCUCAACAGACAGGACUCAUAAGGGAAGUAUUCACUUAAAAAUCUUGCAGAUAAAUAUAUCUAGUAUUUAAUUUCUUAAAAAAAACCAAAAACCCAAAAAACCUAAAAACGCCGCUUUGGUUGAAAUGGGCAUGCAACAACUAUGCUGACCUGCCUUAGGUUAGCACAAGUGGUGUGUCCCUGGAUUUGGCUUCCUAGAUACCAGUGAAAAGUAGAGUUUCACAUUCAUCAUGUAUUUACCAGCACCAUCCUUCCCUCAAGACCAGUCUGUGCCAUCAGCCUGGUUUUUACGACAUAUCAGUAAAGACAUAUGUCUCACAUGAACACCUGGCAGUGUGCAUGUUCACCCUGUAAAGGUUCUUCUUACUUCAUUUUGUUUUCAUGUCUUUCCUGUCAUGUUUUCAGUGUUUUUAUGAAUGCUGAACUGUAGGGAAAGCAUGGAGUGGGUGAACUAGGUUUACAUUCAGAUAGCUCACUAAUCUCUGGAGAAUGUGGUGAAUGGGACGAGUACAAGGCUAGAGCUGACAUGUUUGACAUUUCAUUGAUGACAUAAGUGACAAAUUAAUCCAUGACAGAUUUUUUUCUCUUUGGUUAGGCAAAGAUAUCAGGAAAUUGGUAAUGUAGGUUUUAACCUGUUUUACCUGUUACCUUUGCUAACUUCCAUGAUUAUUCUUAAUCAGAUUUUAAGAAUAUGCAGAGACUGUCACUUCAAAAUCUAAAGGCCUGGUAACAGUAACAUAAUGACCCAUCACCUAUGGACCCCAGUCGUUGUUUUGUGACGUCAUGGAUUAAUUCACCAGUUUGAUUUAAAUAUGUUGGCAUAAUUGUAUGACGGGAUGAAGAAUAUUUGCCAGCUAUCACCUGAAAGUUGCACAAUGUGGUAUUGUUUGGAAUUAUUUUUUGU